GAAUGCGAGAACAAAGCGAUCGAAACGCGGAUCAAAGCGCUGGAGGAGUCGAGUGCCGGCCAUCAGGAGAUCCGCGAUAACCUCUCGCGACAGCUGUCGAUCUGCGAGUCAAAGCUGUCGGCGUCCGAGCAGUCGAUCGAGCACUGGAUGCUUGAGUCGCAGCUCCUACACCUCAAACUGGAUAGAGAGCUCAAGCGCUCGACACCGCCCGUACAGUCCGAACCGGCCGUCCCUCAGACUACCGGCCUCUCAUCGGGAACCGAUGGCAACAACGGCUUCGGCGGCGGCACCAGUAGUUCGACGCCGUCGUCGGGGGCCGGCAGUCAGCGGAGUAUCGAAAUGAGUUGCAAUGACUUCGCGGGCUCUUCGCUACAGUCGCCCACCGUCUCGGAGGACAAACUGAGUCUCGCGAGCAGUACUACCGGUGCGGCGGGCGAUGAG